AUGCAUAGUCCAACCACAGACUCACUUAUGAGCCUCCAAAUCCUCUUACUCGACACUCCUUCGCCAAUGUCCUCAAAUCCAAACCCGCCUCCCCCAAAAGCCAUGGACCCAAAUACCGAAGCAAGAACUACAACACAAUUACUAGAUCGCAAAUCAACAAAUGGCGCCAAACAUUCAAGAGCUCCUCCUCAACUAGCAUAUACCUCCUUCAGCAGUCUCGGCCUACGAGAACCGGCAGGUCCAAAGCGUGUCGACACUUUUAACCAAGAGGACUUAGCUACUACCUCUCCUCCUCCUACAACUAUGCAACAGAUCAAAAGUGUGCUGGGACCCGAACCACCUCAAAAGUAA